AUGAGUACCCUAGGGAGACGAUCACAAAUUGGAGAAGGUUCCAGGUCUGCUUACACUUCAGCCUACCACAGCUUUGGAGAAGGGCAAGAAGCAUGGUCAGAAAAUCUUCGAGAGCGGAGUUCGUGGGGAGAAACGGCAGGAGAAGAUUUAUUUGAAGAUGCAACUUCAGGGAAAAAGAUGGAAGAAAAAGAAGAGCUUGGGAAAAGUCAAGUUUCUCCUGAGCAUGAGGAAAUCUCCCCGGAGGGUUCACCCGCCGCAACUCCCGAUCCCGCUACGGAAGUGACUGAAUCUUCCGAACCUGAUGGCGAUAUUAAGGACGCCAAAGCUGAGGAAAGCAGGCGCAAACGAGAGGACAUUUCCCGAGCAAAAAAAGGAAAAGGCAGGGAAAGUGAGGAGGGAGAAGAAGGAGGGGCAUGUGAACCUUUUAUGCACUGGAAACGAACGGGGCAAACAAAAACAGCAAAGCCAAGGGGAAACCAGCACGAAAUAGAAGAGAAGCUUAACCAAGAUGCUGCGCAGAGAGCUCGUCUACUUGAAAGAGAUCUCGAUGCGCCAUCUGGCGCCGCUGAUAUCCCCGAGCCCAGAGUCCCCGAUCCCAUACCGACGCCUGAAACACGGAUAGGAACUGAAGAAAAGAAAUACUACGUCUACAAAGCACCACACAAAGUAAGCUACGUCAAGCCCUGGACCUGGACCUGGCCCUGGCCAUUUCGCCGCGCGAAACCCGCUGACGAAACAGAAAAUGCAGCGGGAGAAGGACACUACUAUACCCACAAAAGGCGACCCAAGUCCUCCCCCUCCUGGCUAUUCUGGAAGUGGAAUUGGGGGGCUCCGAAAUCCAUAUCGUGGAUUCCCAUCUACCCGUCCUAUCACCCGGAGAAAGAUGAUCCGGAGCUGAAAAUCUUCAUUUCGUAUAGCUGUGGACAUCGAUUUCCUACUCGUGUGGUUUCCGGUCCUACCUGGACGGCCUCGUCGCCUUCAUUUCUCUUCUCCCCCUCCUCCUCCUUCACGCCCAAUACACCCACCUACCCAAGAAGUGGGACCACAAGCGGCCACCCGCACAUCCGUCCGCUCCCAUCCUUAAAAAUCGAAACUCUGCGCGCUGCGGCUCGGAACGAAGGAAUCAAGAACAUCGUUUCCCCUGAAGACUACACGUGUCCCAAUUGCUCCAUAUGGUGGCAAUUUUACGGUGGAUUAUUCUGGUUGACCUUAUUUUGGGCUAUCUUCACGUGGUACUUUGCGUUUGUAUGGCCUUACACGUGGUGGGCUACGACCGAGAACGGGGAUCCAAUCCCGAGAUAUACAUUGAUUACAAAAUUCGAUAUUCAUCGCGAAGGAGAAGAAUUUCGUGUACGUCAGGCCAUAGGAGGGUUGGUGAUAACGAUUUUUUGGUUUUUUGUCAGGAAUUUGUGGCAGCCUGUGGUUUUGACUCUGUUUGUUUUAUUUCUACUCAAACGAUUUAAAAAGGCGGAAGAGGAAGUUCUUCGGCGGAAUAAUUAUUGA